AUGCGAUCUGUCUGUCUGUCUAUCUAUCUAUCUAUCUAUCUAUCUAUCUUACAUAAAUCUUUUCAAAUCCAUCUAUCGAUCUAUCUAUCUCUCUCUAUCUAUCUAUCUAUCUAUCUAUCUAUCUAUCUAUCUAUCUAUCUAUCUGCCUGUCUGUCUAUCUAUCUAUCUAUCGAUAUCAUCUUUGGAGAUUUAUCUAUUUCUCAAUAUUUUCAUAUCCCCUUUUUUAUUCUCUGCUGUUGCUCUUUUACUCACAUUUCCCCCCCUCUCUCUCUCUCUCUCUCUCUCUCUCUCUCUCUCUCUCCUGCGCUUAUCUCUUUUUCUCAGCCCUUUUUCUUUUUCCCUUCUCUCUCAUUUUUAUCUCUUUUUAUUUAUUCUCUUAUGUCAUUUUUCUUCUACAUCUCUUUUUCUCCACCUCACCCCCACAACCUUUCUUUCUUUCUUUCUUUCUUUCUUUCUUUCUUUCUUUCUUUCUUUCUUUCUUUCUUUUUAUUUAUUUAUUCACUUAUCCACGUAAGUAUUUUUCUUGUACCUCUCAUUUUCCACCCCGUCAACUUUCUUCCUUUCUUUUUUUUUUCUUUCUUUCUUUCCCCUCCUGCUAUCUAUCUAUCUAUGCCUGGUCAUCUAUCUAUCUAUCUAUCUAUCUAUCUGUAUAUCUAUCUAUCUAUCCCAUUUUGUUCAUAUCAGUUUAUUGCUAUCUAUCUAUCUAUCUAUCUAUCUAUCUAUCUAUCUAUCAAAAAACAGAAAACUAAACUCAGUACUCUCUCUCUCUCUUCUCUCUCUCUCUCUCUCUCUCUCUCUCUGAGAAGUAGAACACCUGAUUAG